AUGAUGCCGGGCUUCUCGGACGACGCUGAUCGGCAAGCUCGUCAGGCGGCCUUAGUAAAGGUUCUCAACGACAAGCGAUUUGGCGACGCCCCACAAAAAAAUUGGACCGAGUCGGAGAGCGACGACGACGACGACGAGGGGGGGGGCAGCCCGACGUCAAGUGGCAGCAGCAAUGUGUCGGUAGAGGACAGUUGAGCUCCGUCGGACAUUGGCUCACAGUCGGGAGAUGUCGUGUUCGAAAAGGAAAUUCGGGAAGCAAUGGACGGGGGAGGGGGAGCGGGCACGAGGACCACAAACCACGGCAAGCGAAAGGCGAGCGCAGGCGGCAGCGUCGUAGGGAAGGACAAAGCAGCAGCAUCCCAUCACGCGAGUGCCAAAAAAGCCCGGGGCAAGGACUACCCGCACUGGGCCAUACACUUCUGAAGCGGACAUGCGCGCACCGCAAGAUCCCGAGGAUGUCGCAGAAGAGCAAGGGUGUCCUGGUGGCGGCCCUGCGAUCUCUCGACGCCAACAUGAAACGGCCAUCUCCGUACUUCGACGACCUCGAUGCUAUCGCAGCCGGCAAAUCUGGACGCGGCAGCGAGCAGGAGGAGGGGGAGGAGGAGGGAGCCAUCCCUGCGAGUGCGCUGCUUAUGUUUCGAGGCGUUGUCAACAUGGUCGCCCUAGCUCGUGACAGAACUGAACCGUUUACAAUCGAGGGUGUGGACUACAGUGUGGCGGACCUUUACGACGCCAU